CGACGGCAUCAUCAUCGUCUUCUUCAAUUUAUCUUUUUUUGCUCUGCUCAGGAUUACUUUCGAAUCAACAGAAAUUAGAUCUUCAAUGGAAGGGUUAAAGCUCUCAAACGCGGAGUUGAUGGUUUAUAUUCAUCCUUCAAAGAGUGGAAACAAGCUCAAAGCUAUAUGUCGCGAGCUCAGCUCUCUUCUCUUCCAGUAUGAUGAAACAUUUGACGGGGUUUUAUUGGCUUUUGAUGUUACUGUGAAAAGCAAAGCAGCUAAGAUCCUUGCAGGACUCAGUCCUUACUUUGGUGUCAAAGUAGAUGCAAAACUUGUGCUGUUUAAUCCAAAGCCUAAUAGUCUUGUUGAAGGGGAAAUUGUUAAGAUAUCUCCAGAGUCGAUCCAUGUCAUUGUUCUUGGUUUCUCUGCUGCUGUCGUAACGGAUCUUGAUAUUCGUGAAGAAUUCAAGUACAAAAUGAGAAAUGGUGAAGGUUCCUUUGUGAGCAUGUCCCAUAAACGGCAUGUACUAAAGGUUGGAACCAUGUUACGUCUUCAAGUCGAAAGUUUUGAUGAAGAGGUGAUGCAUAUAGCUGGAUCUCUAAUUCCGGCUAACACAGGAUGUGUUAAGUGGCUGGAAAAGCAGUCUGAAGAAGUUUCGCAUAUGGAUAGAGAGGAUCGUAAACGAAGGAAAAUAGCCUGAGGAAAGCUUAAAAUACCUAAAGUUGAAGAAACAUAUUAGAUCAGCAGAAGGUUAAAUUGAAGAAAAGAGAUUUUGAUGCUUCUUGCAGUUAUGCACUCAAUGAUGUAUUUUUGAUUUGAUCUUUUUUUUUGUUCUUAAAUGGAACUAAAAUCUUGGGCUAUUGGAUGUUUGUAAUUCAUACUUCAAAUUUUGUUAAGUGUUAUUCAAUUAAGGUUGCAAUUGCAAGUC